GUCCUCUUGAGCUCAUCGACACCGCAGCAUUUUCCUCUCUCUCGUCCACAUACAUCGCCGACGCUCGACACCGCACCGCCCACAUCAGCCCUCGGCCAUGUUCUUGUCCCGGCUCAAAACGGCCAAGCGCGUGCUUACGCGCCAUGCCGCGUUCAUCGGUCCCGGCCUCGUCGCGGCUGUCGCGUACGUCGACCCCGGAAACUGGGCGACCGAUCUUGAAGCCGGCGCCCGGUGGGGAUACAAACUCCUCUUCAUCGUAUUCGUCGCAGGCCUCGCCGCCGUCUGUCUCCAGGUCAUGAGCGUCCGCCUCGGCGCAGUCACGUCCAAGAGUCUGCCGCGCAACACCCGCGAGCUCAUCCUCGGCUGGGAGGCGCGCUGGCCCCAGUACCGCCGCUGGUGGCGCACCCUGCUGUAUUCGCUCUGGGUCAUCGCUGAGAUCGCAAUCAUCGCUACGGAUUUGGCAGAGCUCAUUGGUUCCGCGAUUGCGCUCAACCUCCUCUUCCCCAAGCUUCCCCUCUGGGCCGGUGUCCUCAUCACCGCCGUCGAUGUCAUGAUCGUCCUCAUCUUCUUCCGCUCCGACUCGGGGCGCCAGGGCAUGCUGCUCUUCGAGAUCGUGAUCGUCGCACUGGUCCUCGCCGUCUUCGUCAGCUUCAUGAUCCUCCUCGACAUGAUCAAGCCCGUCUGGCGCGACGUCUUCUACGGCCUAGUUCCGUCCAAGACGCUCUUUGCGCCCGGCGCGCUCUACGUCGGUAUCGGCAUCAUCGGCGCGACGGUCAUGCCUCACGCAUUGUUCCUUGGAUCCGCGCUCGCCGGCGUCGACCGUCUCAACAUGCUCCCGCGCCCUCCGAAGCGGCGCCGCGAGCGGACCAACAACCGUCUUCCUGCACUCAAUCCUGCCGCCGCGAUCCGCCGCCGCCUCCGCCCGCAGCGGCAGGAGACCGACCCCGAAAUUCCCCUCGAGAAUGUCGAGGGGCGCGAGCACGGGUCUUCCACUGCGCACGACUCCGCUCCACCCCCGCAGCUCCCCCUCGUCAAGACCUCGGACAAGGACGACGAGUACGAGUCCAAGAUGCAGGAGUACGAGAAGGCGAUCCGCAAGUUCGACCGCAUCCGCUGGGUCAACCUGCACGUGUGGCAUGCCAGUGUUGACACGGCCUACUCCCUCCUCGGCUUUGCGCUUACGAUCAACUCGUCUAUUCUCACAUUGGCCGGCGCGACCUUCUUCUACGGCGAGACUGGGGCGAGCGCCGACGACGCCGACCUCAGCGGCGCACACAAGCUCGUGUCCGAGUACGUCGGCAAGGCUGCCGGCAUCAUCUUUGCGCUCGCCCUGCUGUGCGCGGGCCAGAGCGCGAGUAUCACGGCCACGCUGGCCGGCCAGAUCGUCUCCGAAGGCUUUCUGGAGUGGAAGACGAGCCCGAUGGUGCGCCGCCUCAUCACGCGUCUCAUCGGUGUCGUUCCCGCCGCGAUCGUUGCCUCCGCCGUCGGCAACAAAGGCUUGAACACGAUGCUCGUCGCGUCCCAGGUCAUCCUCUGCAUCGUGCUGCCGACAGUCACGAUUCCGCUCGUGUACAUGUGUUCGCGGAAGGACAUCAUGGUGGUCGAAGGCCCGAUUGAAGAGGAGGCGCCGCGGACCGAGUCGCGCGAGGAGCGCGGCAAGACGGACGCCGACGAGGUCGAGGAGCUCGACAUUGCCGACAGCGCGGGGCCGUGCCCGCGCCCCGUGUCCCCCUCGUCGCUCCUGCCGCGCCACUCGGCGCCGCCGACGCGCGUGCCCUCCCCCGACGUCGUCGCGGACGAGGAGCCCGCGCCCGGCCGCCGCCGCAAGUACUUCACCUCGCCCAAGUGGUACUCGGGCCUCGGGUGGCUGCUGAACCUCGUGCUCGUGCUCGCGAACGGCUACGUCAUCGUCACCCUCGCCAUGGGCCAGUCGUAGACGCUGCCAGCCCUCAUGUAUCGCCUGAACCCGCUGAUAUCUAUGCAUGUAUCCGAUACCCAUAC